AUGGGGUUCAGAAAAAUACUUGCUAGCAAAUCGCAUCACAGUCGCCACCAUAAUCAGCACCAUAAGAACCUGAAGUUGCAAAAUCAUCGCUAUGUACUUAUUUCCAAUAUUACAGGAUCCCAUGAAACAAAAUAUUUAUCACCCUUCAGGAUGGACAAUUGUUCAGGAAGCAGAAGACGUGAUAGGCUACAUGUGAAGCUUAAAUCCUUGAGGAAUAAAAUCCACAAACAACUUCACCCAAACUGUCGGUUCGAUGACGCCACUAAGACUAGUGAUGAUAAAUGCGUCUCUUAUGAGGUGCCCGAAAGGGAUGGCCUUGCUACUAUUUCGUUAGAAGAGGUUUUUCCAAAGUCCAACAGGUGCCAAAUACCUGAAGAAAACUUGGGAGAAACAGAUAGCGUUAUUCACAGAGAUUUGGGAAAUUUUGCAAAUGAGAAUGACUAUCCACAGUGGAGAAAAGUUGAAAGUCAAUAUAACUUAGAGAAUGUCCAGCCUGAGGAGGAUGAAAUAGUUGAUAGACUCAGGUCCGAGAUUAGAAGCACUAAAUUAAAAUCUGUAAAAACGACAAGCAGAACACUUGAAAAAGCUAUAGAGGCUCGAUGUACUGGAAAGAGAGUUCUUCAACAACUAAGUUGUCAGAGCAACCAACUCACCAAGAUCGAGAGCAAUUGUGACAUGCUUAAAAUUCAAUCUAACGUAGCCGACCGAAAGAUUGACGAACUUGCCCAUGAAAAUAGAAGCCUGCUUGCAUUAAAAUCACCCAACCCCUUCAGGAAGAAAAGGGAGAGAGAAAAGCGAGACCAGAUCUACAAUUUGAAGUUAAAGCAUCGUCACUUACAGCAAGAAACUAUGAAAAGAGCCCAAGAUUCUGACAAAAAUUUAGCCAUAAAUCUAAGUUCUGAAUAUGGACGGUAUGGCCAAGGGGUGGAAAGACAGCGUAUUCUUAGAGAUGCCCAGAAGUAUCAGUUUGAAGCCGAUGAAGAAGAUAACCAAAUGGAAAUCGACUUGUACGGAAACCUAGAACAAAUAAAAGCGGUGAGUGGUGACUUGAAAAUUAUGGCUCACGCUUUUGGCAGAGAGUUUGAAGCACAAAACACUAGAAUGUUUGACAUCGAGAACAAUGUACAGCAGGCAGAUAAUGCUUUACAGGCCAAGCGAUAUAGAUUGGAGAAAGUGAUCGGGAAAAGAUGGUGA